UAACCUUCUUUUAGGGGAUUAGCAAUGACCCUGUUCCAUUUUGGUAACUGCUUUGCUCUGGCAUAUUUCCCCUACCUCAUAGUGUACAAGAACUCUAAACUAUCAGAGUACAGUUCGUUUUGGCCAUGUGUGAAAGCCGGAGGUGUAUACUGUUUGACACAGCUAUGCAAGAUGAUAAUCCUGGCAACAUUCUUCCCCACCUACGAAGUACCAGUGGGGAAGAUUGACCUUCACGGAGAGCUCAUGAAGGGAGCAGUGGAGCUGUUUGAUCUUAUCGGACUCUUCGUCAUUAUAUCUCAACAGAUUGGGAGAGGUGAUCUCAAAAUAUUGGUCGCUGGAGUCGGAUGGGCCAUGGCUGAGCUGAUCAGCAUGAGGCUCCUUCCUCUUUGGGUCGGAGCACGCGGUAUCGAAUUCAGCUGGAAGUAUAUCCAACUUAGUUUCGAGGCUAACAUCAGCUUGGCUCAUCACAUAAUAAUGGCGAUGUUGAUUUGGAUGUGGACGAGGAACAACAUAGAGAAGUCUGUGCUCCCCCUGAUAAUAUCCCUGCUUCUCCUCUGCAGCUCCAAACAAACCCUCCUUGAACUGCUAGGUACACUGUUCCACGUGUCCUCGUUUGGUAUACUCUCCAUUAACGUGCUGGUAACAAUGCUGGUCGGGCUAGUCGCUACCCAUCUUUACAUUAACCUCUGUAUCCAGGACAACUCCUGGGGCAACCCCAAGUAUCAUUAAACUCCCACACUAAGUUCCUGCAAAGUGACUCCCUGAACACGUCCACAACGGGAUUCCAGUAUUGGGAAGACAAGUUAUAUGAGUUUCCGGGAUUUGUAACACCUUGAGAUUUCACUAUCGAAAUUCUAUUAUUAUUAGGGAUCGUUCAUAUAUUCACAUAUCUGUAAGCCAUAUUUUGAACUUUCAGACCCCAUGCUCCCCCGUCUUGACACGUAGCUACUGACGCAGAAAUUACACUAGCGCAAGCUUUUCUCCCUAGGCGUAAUAUGUGAACGGUCCUUUGGUGCAAUAAUCGAAUAUUUUCUUGGACGUGGUAUGUUUAUUUUCAACUCCAUUUACUUUUAUUUUAAGGUUUAAACUUUGAGUAUCUAUUAUGUAUGUUGUAUACUGUUUUCGAACGCAUUUAUUUUGUUGUUUGCUGAUAAAAUUGAUGAAUCUACAUUCUCAUUAUAUUUU